AUGAGAAUGGGAAGGUCACCGUGUUGUGAAAAGGUAGGGUUGAAGAAAGGGCCAUGGACACCUGAGGAAGACAAGCAGUUGUUGGCUUACAUUGAGCAGUACGGCUAUGGAAGCUGGCGAGAUUUGCCUGCAAAAGCUGGGCUGCAAAGAUGUGGGAAGAGCUGCAGACUGAGAUGGAGUAACUACUUGAGACCUGGCAUUAAAAGAGGAAAUUUUAGUCUGCAGGAAGAACAAUCCAUCAUUCAGCUCCAUGCUCUUCUUGGAAAUAGAUGGUCAGCCAUUGCAUCUCACCUGCCAAAGAGAACAGAUAAUGAGAUAAAGAACUAUUGGAAUACCCAUUUGAAGAAGAAACUAAGUAAGAUGGGCAUUGAUCCAAUGACGCAUAGGCCAAAGAUUAACUCCUCCUUCGGCUCAGCCGCCAAUCUCAGCCACAUGGCUCAGUGGGAGAUCGCCCGACUCGAAGCCGAAGCUCGCCUCGUCCGCCACUCUAAGUUCAUCAGUUCCUCUCUUAUCUCACCUCACCAUUUCCGCCUGCCCACCAAUAAUCCUCCGCCGCCGCCCCAAGUCCCGCCGUCUCUCGACGUGCUAAAAGCUUGGCAAGAAAUGUGGACCAAGCCGCCUAGGACGAGGGUUUCAUCCCUUGUUGACGACGGCGCGUUUGUCUCAAACGCAACUCUACAUCAAUCUCCGACAUCCUUAAACUUUUCCGACCAAAACUUAUGUUUCAUGGAGACUCCAUACGUACGCGAAAGUACGUCCAAUAUAGGAAAUCCUAACCCCACCGGCAUAAUCCCGCACGUUGCCCUGGAUCCCUUAUCGGAGCUUCCAACCUUCAUUCAUGGGUUCUCGGAGCUUUCACCAGAAACCCUCACAGGAUAUUUGGACGACAACAGCCGUUACUGGAACAGCAUCCUUAAUAAUCUGGUGGUGUCUCCGGUGGGUUCGCCGGUGUUCUAG